AUGUCUUCUAUUACUACUCAUCUUUUCAUUUUCUUAGCUCUUACUCUAACAAUAUGCGAGACUGGUCCAGUUAUAUGUCUCCAACGUGUUCCGAUUUUUACAUGUCCAUCGAAAAGUUGCAUUACACCUGACUGGGCUAUAACCAGCAAGCGUUAUCCAUGUGAUUGCUAUGAAACAGAGAGAAUUGCCGUUAAAUAUUGUGUACGACCAAAUAAUGAAAGCAAUUACACGAUGAUUGAUCCUCUUAAAAUAUCUGAUCAAUAUUUAACUUUUAAUGACUUAUAUCAUUUAAAUAUAAGUUCAGAUGAAAUUCUUUUACGAACAUUAUCAAUCAAUUUAGCUGAAACAUAUCAAUUUUAUCUUGAUUCACCAAUUCAAUCUAAUUUAUCGAAUGAAAUAUUUUUCAAUUGUACAAAACCAUGGUUUGGAUCUUAUUGUCAAUAUUCAUUCGAAUUUAAUCAAAAUGAAUUAAUAACAAAUACAAUUGAACAAACAUGUUAUAUUCUUUUAGAAUGUAAUCGUAAUAAUCCAUCGAUAUGUCUUGAUUGGCGAGAAAUAUGCAAUGGUCGAAUCGAAUGUUUAAAUAAUGGUAUUGAUGAAAUUGAAUGUUUUAAUUUAGAAAUAAAUGAAUGUGAAGAAAAUGAAUAUCGAUGUCAUAUUGGAUUAUGUAUUCCAAAAAUCUUUCUUGAUAUGGAAUUUGUUGGUGUACAAUGUCUUGAUAGAUCGGAUGAGAUUAUUCGAGAGAAUAGUUUUAGUUCUAAUUAUCUUUCGUAUGAAGAAUAUGUAUGUCAACCUGGUGAAGGACAAUUUUCAUGUGGUGAUGGAAAUUGUGUAGAAGAUUUUCAUGAAUGUGAGAAUAAUCGACAUUUAAGAUUAUUUCAAUCGAUUAGUGAACAAAAGAAUUUAUCCUAUUCAUGUUGGAUAGUUAUGGUUUGUCUUAGUAAAAUUCUUGAUCAAAUUGAAAAUAGAUCAUGUGAUCAUUUUAUGGAAUUAUUGAAGAUUAUUGAAGAUUUUCAAAAGUGUCAUUUUCCUUUGAAAUUUCCUGAAAUUCCUGUUCUUUUUGGUCAUAUACAAUUUUUAUAUUCUCGAAAAACAAUUCAUAAUUUUAAUAGAACAUUCAUUCUUAAACCUGAUUAUGUUUGUUAUGAUGCACAAUUAUGUGAUUUUCUCGAACCAUCAUUUCACUGGGAAAAUUUAACUUGUCGAUACGGAAAUGAAACCGGACUUGAAUCGAAUAUCGAAUUAACUACUUGGAAAUCUCUAAUCGAUUCAAUCAAACCAUAUUUUAUUGGUUGUAAAACUCAACAUCAUCAAAGUAUCAAUAGUUCUCAUUAUUCAUCAUUAUAUCAUUGUCAAAAUUCGUCGAAAUAUAUUUCAAAAUCUCGACUUAUUGAUGGUAUUUAUGAUUGUUUUUUGAAAGAUGAUGAACAAGUAUUUCAAUUAAGUUGUUCAUUAAACCAAACAUUUCGAUUUCAAUGUUCAAAUGAAACACAAUGUUAUUCACCUCUAAUUUCACGAAAUAUUUGUUCUUCAAUACCAAUCAAUUCUAAUGAAAUUUUAUUUUAUGAAAUAUGUAAUCGUAUUAUUGAUUUACCUUUAAUAUUAAUCAAUGGACAAUAUCAUUCAGAUGAAACAGAUUGUCAAUAUUGGCAAUGUAAUAAUAUUUACACACGAUGUGAUGGAUUUGAAAAUUGUCUUGAUGGAAAAGAUGAAAUUAAUUGUACAGAACCGAUUAUAUUAAAUUAUUUUCUUUUUUGUAUUUUACCAGAAAAUUCUUCAUUAAUGUGUUUACCAGUUAAUCAUGUUAAUGAUGGAAUGAUCGAUUGUUGUCGAGUAUUAUCCAAUGACUAUCGAUAUGUUCAAAUGAAUAAUAUUACUUUGGAAACAUAUAAAUAUCGUUAUUGGAAUAAUACAGAAUGUAUAGAAGACGAAGAUUGUUUCGUGUAUGAGAAGUUUUUGGAAUUAUGUGUUGAUCAUUCACAAUUAUCUAAUGACGAUGAUUUAAAUAAUCUUUCCAAUAUACAAAAUGCAUUAUGUCGAACUAUUACUACACGUGAUAUAUCUUUUUCAUUAGAAACUGCAUUAGUCUAUCCACCUUUACCAGAUAUUCACAUUAAUUCUGACGAAAAUCAAGUUGAUACUGAGAUGAGAGAAUUAUUCUUUCAGAAUUCUAUCCAAUCUAAUCCUUGUAAUUAUGGUUUACAUGUAUAUCAUCGAUUUAGUAUUGAUAAUUUCAAUAGUUUAUGUUUCUGCCCACCAAAUUAUUAUGGUGAUCGAUGUCAAUAUCAAAAUCAACGUGUUAGUAUAACUCUCGUAUUAGCAACUGUUAAUCAAUCAACUAUUUAUGCGAUUAUAGUUACUUUAAUGGAAGAUGAUAAUGAUCGACAAGAAAUUCAUUCAUAUCAUCAAUUUAUUUAUCAAUCAAAAAAAUAUUGUGGUAAACCUAUAGAUAUUUAUCUAUUAUUCGCAAAACGAGAUAAAGAUAUUUCAAAAAAGUAUAAUAUACGUAUUGAUGUAUUUGAUAAGAAUUCAUUGAUAUAUAUCAUAAGUUGGUAUUUAAAAAUUCCAUUUAUUUUUCUACCAGUUAAUCGAGUAACAGCAUUUUUAACUCUUCCAAUUUCUCGAACAAUUAAUUCUAUUCAUUGUACUCUUCAAUGUUUAAAUGGAAUUUGUAUAAAAUAUCAGAAUGAAGAACGUUUCUUUUGCAAAUGUUACUCAGGUUGGUCUGGUGCACGAUGUCAUAUUCCAAUCGAUUGUAGUAUGUGUGCAUCGAAUUCAAUCUGUAUUAGUUCAAUUCAAAAUCAACCAAUCUGUAUUUGUCCUCAGAAUAGAUUUGGUUCCUUUUGUCGACUUAAACUAACAUGUCCAAAAGAACAUUGUCAAAAUAAUGGUCAAUGUAUUGUCAUUGAUGAGAGAAGAAUAAAUGAUAGUUAUGUAUGUCUUUGUUCUGAACAAUUUUCUGGACCAUUAUGUGAAUAUCAGAAUUAUAGAAUAGAAAUUUCUUUGAAGAAUAUGAAAAUUCCAUCAUAUUUACUUAUUCAUAUUUAUAAUGGAAUUAGUUUUGAACAAUUAAAACCAACUUAUACCAUAUUGAAAAAGAUUUCUAUGUUUCAAACUGAUAUUCUUUUAUAUACUGAACAUAUAUUUCAAAUGAUUCUUGUUAAAACUUCUAAAUAUUAUUAUUUAGCUGCACUUCAAACAGUUGAAUUAUCUAAUUUAACAACAUCGAUUAGUGACGCACAACGAUGUCCUUCGAUUGAUGAACUUUUCAAUAAAAAACUCUUGUCUAUGCCACGAAUUUACCAAUUGAAAAGUUAUCAUCUUCUAUGUCAACAUAAUUUGAAUUUACAAUGUUUUAUUGAUGAAUUUUAUAUGUGUUUAUGUACUCGAGAACAUCAUAGUAAUUGUUUUCAAUUAGAUCAUCAAAUGAAUUUUCUUUGUAAAGAUAAUGUUUAUUGUGAAAAUGAUGGAACAUGUUUACAAGAUCGACCAAUAUGUUUUCAUGGAAUUUUAUGUUUAUGUCCCGAUUGUUUUUUUGGUGACCGAUGUCAAUUUUAUGCCAAAGGUAUUGGAUUAACAUUAGAUGAUUUAUUACGUUAUGAAAUUCGACCUAAUCGAACAUUAAAUGAUCAAUCAUUAGCAGUGAAAUUAAAUGCAACUUUUCUUAUGAUUCUAUUUCUAAUUGGUUUAUUGAAUAGUUUUCUUAGUUAUUUAGUUUUUGAAAAUUAUAAUUCACGUAAAGUAGGAUCAGGAAUUUAUCUUCGAUUAUCAUCGAUUAUUUCUAGUGUUAUUGUUUGUAUAUUAAUUAUGAAAUUUUGGUUUGUAAUAUAUACAUAUAUGAAUCCAUCAAUGAAUCGACAAAUUGUUCGAAUUGGUUGUAUUUUACUUGAACCUAUACUUCGUCUUUUUGUACAUAUGAGUAAUUGGCUUAAUACUUGUGUAGCUAUAGAAAGAGCAAUUGCAGUUUAUCAAGGAAUUUAUUUUAAUAAGAAAAGAAGUCGAUGUAUUGCACGAUGGAUUAUUUAUUUCUUACCAUUUCUUAUUUUAAGUUCAAUGAGUUAUGAAUUUAUUCAUCGUGAUUUAUUUGAUGAUAAUGAAGAACGACGUGUUUGGUGUGUAAUUCGGUAUUCUCAAUCAAUAGAAUGGUACACGAGAAUUGUUCAAUAUUUUCAUUUUGUUGUUCCAUUUUUAGCGAAUUUCUUUUCUGCUCUUUUUAUCAUUGUUAAUAUUACUCGUCAACGAAUGAUUAUUCGAACGCAUUUUAGUUAUAAACAACAAUUACUCAAUCAAAUCAAUGAACAUAAACAACUUGUUGUUAGUCCAAUUGUAUUAAUUAUUCUACUAUUUCCUCGUUUUCUCGUUUCAUUAUUAUCAAAAUGUGUUAAAUCAACACAAAAUCCUUGGUUAUAUCUUUGUGGUUAUUUCAUUGCAUUCAUUCCAUCAUCGUUCAUCUUUAUAAUAUAUGUUUUACCAUCGACUUUCUAUAGAAAACAAUUUAAACAAUCAAUUAUCACUUGGAGACAACGAUUUAGAGAAACAGUAAAAUAA